AUGGCUUGCUGUGUUGCCCGCUGCUGCAGCGUCCCCACUGGCCCUGCCACCACCAUCUGCUCCUCAGACAAGUCCUGCCGCUGUGGAGUCUGCCUGCCCAGCACCUGCCCACACACCAUUUGGCAGCUGGAGCCCACCUGCUGUGACAACUGCCCCCCACCCUGCCACAUCCCCCAGCCCUGUGUGCCCACCUGCUUCCUGCUCAACUCCUGCCACCCAACCCCAGACCUGCUGACUGUCAACCUCACCACCUAUGUGCAGCCUGGCUGUGAGGAGCCCUGCACCCCAAGGUGCUGUUGACCUUGCUUGGUGCCUGUCUUCGAAAGAGUCAACCAUGGAGACCUGGCACUUACCUGGCAGAACCUGCAAUUAGUUUGCUCUGAUUUAGAAGCUGAAGUUGAGUGACACUGUCAUUGACAACACCUCUCCUGUCUGCCUCAACGAAAAGAAACCAGAGUCUUUGGUAAUGUGGCUUUUACCUGUAACCAGGUGCAGUUUGGACGGUUGGUGCGUCAAGGCUUCUGAAGAUGUUGACUCCUUCGUCUUAGUGUGUGGCUUUCUGUGGGUGUUGGGGGCUUCUGAGUUCAGUCUUGGGUGGUUUCUUUCCGCAACGUAAGGAACUUCUUCAUCACCUUCCUA